GCUGGGCUCGGUGGAGAGGGGACACCUGCGAGGACAGCGCGCACUUUGCAGCAAGCUCAGCCUGCAGGAUGACAGAAGGUGACACGAACCUCCCAAGCAUCGAGAGGAAGCUGGGACUGCAGAUAUGGGGCAUAGAGAACAUGAAGAUGGUUCCUGUACCUGAAAAAGCUUAUGGGACUUUUUUUGAAGGAGACUGUUACAUCAUCUUGCACACCAAAAGGAGCUCCCGUGGCUCGGCUGUGGAUCUGCACUACUGGAUUGGCCAGGACUCCUCGCAGGAUGAGCAGGGCGCUGCGGCCGUGUACGUGACGCAGCUGGACGCGGCGCUCGGGGGCAGCCCCGUGCAGCACCGCGAGGUGCAGGGACACGAGUCCGAGACCUUCCAGAGCUACUUCCGACACGGCAUCAUCUACAAGAAGGGAGGAGUGGCUUCAGGAUUUAAGCACGUGGAGACCAACAUGUACAACAUCAAGCGUCUCCUUCACGUCAAGGGCAAGAAGCACGUGUCAGCCACAGAGGUAGCACUCUCCUGGGACAGUUUCAACAAGGGAGAUGUGUUCUUGCUGGACCUUGGUAAAGUGCUGAUCCAGUGGAAUGGACCCAGCUGCAGCAUUGCUGAGAAAUCCAGGGGUCUUGCUCUGGCUCGGAGCAUCAGGGACAGCGAGAGGGGCGGCCGUGCUCAGAUUGGCAUCAUUGACAACGAGAGGGACUCUCCAGACCUGAUGCAGAUCAUGAGGAUGGUGCUGGGCGAGAGGCGCGGGGAGCUCCGCGACGCCGUCCCCGACACCAAAGCCGACGAGCUGCAGAAAGCCAACGUCAGGCUCUACCAUGUCUAUGAGAAGGACAAUGACCUGGUGGUGCAGGAGAUCGCCACCCGGCCCCUGACACAGGAUCUGCUGCAGCACGAGGACUGCUACAUUUUAGACCAAGGUGGCUUCAAAAUUUAUGUCUGGAGAGGAAAAGCCUCCAGCCCAGAAGAGAAAAAAGCAGCAUUCACUCGAGCUGUGGGUUUUAUCCAAGCCAAAGGCUAUCCUUCAUCCACCAACGUGGAGGUGAUCAAUGAUGGAGCAGAGUCAGCCAUGUUCAAACAGCUCUUCCAGAGGUGGACAGAAAAGAACGAAACACAAGGGCUGGGCAAGGUCUACACUACAGGCAAAAUUGCCAAGGUGGAGCAGGUGAAGUUUGACACCACCCAGCUCCACGCCAGACCUGAGCUGGCGGCUGAGCAGAGGAUGGUUGAUGAUGCCUCUGGGGAGAUCGAGGUGUGGAGGAUUGAGAACUUGGAAAUGCAGCCAGUGAAUCCCAAGAUGUAUGGGCAGUUCUAUGGGGGUGAUUGCUACCUGGUCCUGUACACCUACCUGAGGUCAGGCAGACCCCACUACAUCAUCUACAUGUGGCAGGGCCGCCACGCCUCCGUGGAUGAGAUCACUGCCUGUGCCCUCAAUGCCAUCGAGCUGGACAGGAAAUACGGGGACGAGGCCGUGCAGGUGCGGGUGACCAUGGGCAAGGAGCCCAGGCACUUCCUGGCCAUCUUCAAGGGCAAGCUGGUCAUCUACGAGGGCGGCACCAGCCGGGCUCAGCAGAGCAGCCCCGAGCCGGCGAUCCGCCUCUUCCAGGUGAGGGGCACGGAUGAGGUGAACACCAAGGCCACAGAGGUGCCAGCCCGAGCCUCCUCCCUCAACUCCAACGAUGUCUUCCUGCUGAGCACCAGCCAGGUCUGCUACCUGUGGUGUGGGAAGGGAUGCAGCGGAGAUGAGCGGGAGAUGGCAAAAAUGGUGGCUGACAUCGUUUCCAGAAGGGACAAACACACCAUCCUGGAAGGACAGGAGCCUGCAGAGUUCUGGGAAGCUCUGGGAGGCAAAGCACCUUAUGCCAGUGAAAAGAGGUUCCAGGAGCAGGUCACACACUACCAGCCUCGCCUCUUUGAGUGCUCCAACCAGACAGGUCGCUUCAUCAUGACGGAGGUGGUCGGGUUCUGCCAGGAGGACCUGGAUGAAGAUGAUGUCAUGCUGCUGGACACAUGGGAAGAGAUUUUCCUUUGGGUUGGCAAAGCCUCCAACACACAGGAGAGGAACGAGGCCAUUGCCUCAGCCAAGGAGUAUCUCAAGACCCAUCCAGCUGGGAGGGACCUGGCAACUCCCAUCAUCCUGGUGAAGCAGGGCUAUGAACCCCUCAACUUCACAGGGUGGUUCAACGCCUGGGACCCCUACAAAUGGAGUGAUGGCAAAUCCUACGAGGAAAUGAAGAACAGCUUGGGAGAUGUGUCGGCCAUAUCGGAGAUCAAAGUGAAUGAGACUGCUGACCUGAACAACCUCAGCCUGAACAAGAGAACCCUCAGCACCACCAGCCUGGCUGGUUCAGCUGCAGCCAGUGCCUCCUCGGAGUACAAAUCUCACUUCAGCCACAGUGACAGCAACAGCAACAGCUACAGCAACAACUACAACAGCAACGGCAACAACUACAACAGCAACAACAGCCACAGCAGCCCUGCCAUGGUGCCCAACGGGGAAGGGAUUUACUCCCGAGAGGUGCUGAUGCACAGGACCGUGGAUGAGCUUCCUGAAGGCGUGGAUCCCACUAAAAAAGAGUGCUAUCUCUCCGAUGCCGAUUUCCACGAUAUCUUUGGGAAGUCCAAGGAUGAGUUCUACCAGAUGCCCAAAUGGAAGCAGCAGAAUGAGAAGAAGCAAUUUGGACUCUUCUGAGACUGCAGGGGGCAUCUGAUGACUCUGGGACCAGCCCCUGCUCCCUUAGGAGCUGCAGGAAAGAAGUGCAGGCAUUUCCUCAGUGAUCCCAACCCAGCUCCCCAGUCCAGCUCAGUUAUUCCAGCAGCCUCUGUUCAGGGGAUGGCUCCUUUCUCCCUGCAGACCCAGAACCCCAGGAGGAAAAACCUUUUUCAGGAACAGCUUCUUGACAAGAUUUUUGCCUCUUCCUGAAACACUUUAUUUCUGAU